AUAUGAGACAAAAGGAGAGUGAGAUUGGGCAACAAUCCUCGUCCUCAAUGCCGCCUGUAGGCAACACACAACCGCCACCACAAGGUGUGCAACCACCACUAGCUGGUGCCCAACCUCAGCAGGACCUAAAGGCUCUUAUCAUGGAGGGUAUUCGGGAAUAUCAGGCUGCAACAAUGCCUAUUCUUGGAUAUCAUAAGCCAUACCCGGCUUACUAUGAUCAAAUUCCAUUUCCACCAAACUAUAUCAGACAAAAGUUUGAAAAGUUUGAUGGAAUUAAUGGUUCUCCUCAUGAGCAUUUGGCCUAUUUCACCUCUGCAUGUGGUGAAUCUGCCCAAUUAGAUGCACUAUUGAUCCGGCAAUUUGUGCAAUCUCUAAAAGAGGCAGCAUUCACCUGGUAUACUCAGUUACCCCCAGGAUCGAUAACUACUUGGGAUGACAUGCAAAAAGCUUUCCUAGCACAAUUCGUGAGCUCAAAGAAGACCAUAAGUCUCCAUGACCUGGUGGAAACAAAGCAACGAAUUAGUGAAAGCGCUAAUGAGUUCAUAACCAGAUGGAGAAAUCUCAAUCUCCAAUGUCCAGAAAGGAUAUCGGAACAAGCGGCGAUUUCAAUGUGCGCCAAAAACCUCAACCCUGAGGUGGCAACUUUUGUGGGCACAACAGAACCCAAAACUUUUAAUGAGCUCGUCUCGAAGGCUUGCAACGUUGAGAUACAAAUUUCUCAACAAAGGGGUGGCAAACCCUCACCGAGAUUCGAAAAUAAAAAGCCAUUCAAGAGGGGAGAAUCAAUGGCAACUUUUGUCAAUACCGGCAACAAAGAUAAAGAGAAGGCACAGGAGCCGCAAAAGAAAUUAACUCUCAAAGAAAGGAAAGAAGUUAAGUAUUCAUUCGACGAUGAUGAUGUCGACCAAAUUUUCAAUGAGUUGUUAAAAGCUAAGGCAAUACGACUCCCCGAGCCGAAACGACCCAACGAGGUUGGUAUGACAAAUGAUCCAAAUUAUUGUCGGUACCACCAAAUUGUGAGUCACCCAUUGUCGGAUUGCUACAUCCUCAAAAACAUUAUCGAAGGCAUGAUCAAGAGAAAAGAGAUUGAGAUUGACUCUUCUCUCGGGAAAGCGACAACAAACACAACUUCCCUAACCGAGAAUGACCAAAUACCAAAUGAUCCCACACAAAGGGACAUAAUUUCUGUGGCAUUUGAAGUCGACAAGGAAGUUACAAUAGUCCAAGCCCACUCAGACAUGCCAAGGCCAGGAAACCCAAAUAUUCCUACAUUAUAUGAGCUCAUGACAGAGCCUAAUUUAGAAAUUUUGGAGGACUGGUAUGAUAGUGAAGAGGAUUUAGAAAGUACAUGGCAAACAUGUACUCGGAAAAAACUGGCAAAAAUUCCAUCUCGGAAGUCAUCUGGAAGCUCCGGAGUCAAAUUUCGGAGUAGACCAGAUAUAAAGGAUCAAAAGAGUAAGAAAAGGAUCGGCAAGCAAAAGGCCAUUUCCAAAAGAAACGAACUCGAACAACCAAAACGAAAUCUAGUAACUCUGGAGGAGUUUUUACCAAAAGAGUUACGGGACAAGGCAGCUAGUUGUAAUGACAGUGUGUCGGAUUGCUGCAUGACUUUAACAAAAGAAGAUCAUGAAUCUAUCUCACCUGAAAGUGAAAAAGAGGUAGAUGAAAUUACCUUGCAAGAUAUGCGGCGGAAAGUUUUUGCAAAGAAGGAAAAAGAGGCGAAAGAGCUUGAAAAAGCUAAACAAGACUUUCAAAAGCCUUCAUCUUCGGCCAACCAAGAAUCCGCCAAUGACAAUCGAAGAUGUAAAAGCACUGGUGAAGAUGAGAUGACGCGAGCAAAAUAUGAUAUAUUGGAUCAUCUAAAACGCAUCCCUGCUCUUUUAAGCGUUUAUGAUGCACUGCAAAUGUCUCCUGAGCAUAGAAAUGCACUUGUUGUCGCAUUGACAAGUCCUGAAUUUUAUACGGAGAAAAUAGAGCCAAUGAAAUCUAUAUCACUUGAGACGCAUACCUCUUGUAUGGCAUGCAUAACUUUCGAUGACAAAGAUCGUCAGUUGGGAGCUGCCUUACAUAAUCAACCUCUGUACGUGACGGGUAUGGUUGCUGAUAAUCGCGUGAGCCGCAUCAUGUUGGAUUGUGGAUCGGCUGUGAAUGUACUCCCCUUAAAAACCUUGAGAGAUGUCGGGUUACACCCACGUCAAUUGUCUCCAUCAUCAUUGACUAUUCAAGGUUUUAACCAAGCUGGAGAAAAAGUAAGGGGAAGUAUCACACUAAAAAUUGAAAUAGGCGAGUUAAAUUCUGAAGCCUUAUUUCAUGUCAUCGAUUCAGAUACAUCCUACAAUGUGUUGUUAGGGCGACCAUGGCUUCAUGAAUAUGGAGUCAUUCCUUCAACACUCCACCAAUGCUUUAAGUUUUGCAAGGAAGGCAAAGUCAAAAGUGUCAAUGCAGACCCGAAUCCCUUUUACGGGGAACAAGUGAAUUAUGCCGAUGCAAAAUUUUACAAGCCAGAUAAUGUCACCAUCUUGAAAGGGAAACCUGAGGAGAGCAAACGUCAUGAAAACUCAGUCAUACAAAACUCUCCACAAAUUAAGCGACUAUCGCUGGUGAAAUCUCCUCAGUCCAAAGAGGAGAACUUGAAGGUAUCUAACCAAAAACGAACCUUUAAGUAUAUCCCUAAAAGUCAACGAGGAGUAGGGCAAAAAGCUUUGACACCGAUCGAAGAUUCGAUGACAGCCCUGAUGACAAGCUUUACUUUACCACUAAGGAAAAUCGAUCAGUCACUACCCAAGGGUAAAAUGCAAAUUUCAGUUUCCUUUGGUAAAGAUAGCAAGAAAAAUAAAACAGUCAUUACUCUCAAUAAAACGUCCUCCACUUCUGUAACUCCGAAAACCUUCAAAACAAUGAAGAAAAAUGUUCAUUUCAAGAAGCAAAAAGGAGUCACAAUCCAUCAAAAUAGUGAUUGUUUAAAAGCUUCUUUUGAACCAGAUGAGUUAACAGAGGAGGAACAGAAAAUGUUUCACAGCGACGAUGUUCCUACACCUUCCCCGCGGGUCUCAGUAUUUGAUAGACUUGAACCAAGCACAUCCACCCCACGAGUGUCAGCAUUCGAAAGGCUUGUUUUCCCAAGUGCUCCACAGUCAAAGGGAACUAAAAAGCAAAAACAGUGGAUGCCAAAACAGAAGAAAUCUUUGAGAAUUACUAUUCGGGGGCAUGAAACACAAGAAGAUGGAGAAAAUUUUGCUCAAGUCAAUUACCUCUCUUUCGAAGAAAGCUUGACCGUAGAAGAUGAAGGCUCAAGCUCAAACCCUUCGGAAGAUUUUAUAGACAUCUUUCAACCAGCACCUCGGGAAUUCGAAGAUGGAGGACAAGCAACUGUGGAUGACUUAGUAGAGAUCAAUCUCGGGACCGAGGAUGAUCCAAAGCCCGUGUUUGUCAGUGCUUUAUUAUCUGAAGAAGAGUUACCACAGUACAUACAAGUCCUUCGCGAGAACAAAGAUGUAUUUGCUUGGUUAUACCGAGACAUGCCGGGGUUGAACCGAAAGGUUGUUGUGCACAGGUUGGCAGUAUCAAAAGAUGCUACCCCUGUUAAACAAUCCCAAAGAAGGAUUCGACCAGAAUUACUUCCCAAAGUCGAGGCAGAAAUUGACAAGUUAAGAGACUGCCGGUUUAUUCGGGAAGUUCAGUAUCCUACUUGGCUUGCAAACAUUGUCAUAGUGAUGAAGAAAAAUGGGCAACUCUGCAUAUGCGUGGAUUAUCGAGAUCUUAAUCGGGCUUGCCCAAAAGAUGAAUUCCCACUCCCCAUCACUGAGUUAUUGAUAGACGCUACCACUGGUUUUGAUGCCUUAUCAUUCAUGUAUGGAUUUUCUGGGUACAACCAAAUCAAAAUGGCACACGAGGACGAAGAGCUCACUGCUUUUCGGACACCAAAAGGCAUAUUUUGUUAUACAGUUAUGCCAUUUGGCCUCAAGAAUGCAGGGGCAACCUACCAAAGAGCAAUGACCACAAUUUUUGAAGACAUGAUGCACAAUACUGUCGAAUGUUAUGUCGACGAUCUAGUGGUCAAAACAAAAGAAAGGACAAAUCAUCUUGAUGAUUUAAAACGAGUCUUUGACAGGCUCAGGCAACACAAUUUCAAGAUGAAUCCUUUAAAAUGUGCAUUUGGGGUAACAUCGGGAAAGUUCCUCGGGUUUAUCGUCAGACAUCGAGGAAUUGAAAUCGACCCUGCAACGAUCAAAGCAAUUUUGGAAAUGCCUCCCCCGCGUAAUUUACGUCAACUACGUGGACUACAGGGAAAACUUGCAUAUAUUCGAAGAUUCAUCUCAAACCUGUCUGGUAGAUGUCAACCUUUUUCGAGAUUGAUGCAGAAAAAUGUCCCAUUCAUUUGGGAUGAGGCAUGCCAGAAUGCUUUUGAAAGUAUUAAAAAGUACCUGUUGCACCCACCAGUGUUGAGAGCUCCAAUCUUAGGAAAGCCAUUGAUAUUAUAUAUCACUUCACUCGACCGCUCCCUUGGAGCCAUGCUAGCGCAAAAUAAUGAGGAGGGAAAAGAAGUUGCUCUUUACUAUUUAAGCAAAACUUUAGUAGGGGCAGAACAAAACUACCCUCCAAUUGAGAAAGUAUUUUGGCUUUAA